AUGUCAAUGGACAUAGAACAUACUGAUAAUUCACCCUUCAAUACGAGUUUAGCAGAAGAACAGGUAUACUUAUUAUUUCUAGAAAGCACACACUCAUCUAGGGGGCUUAUACUCCUGUAUAUAACAGGUAUAAUAAAAUAAUAAAUACACAGUAUUCUAGAACUCUAUAAUGAAUUUUUUUGAAUAAAAUCGAAUACUUUCCCGUACAUAGGAUCAUUGCCUAACUUUUUGUGAGAGCUGUAAAGUUAAAGAAAGCGAGUUACUAGAACGCCAAGGAAAGUUGACAACAUUGCAAGCAAAAUUGUCUAUAAACCAGUCGCAAUGGAUAUGCACGAUAAAAUCAAUAGAAAACCCAAUAACCAAUUGUGAGUAGAUAGAGUACAACAUAUAUUUACAUAUUACUAUACAAAAACACGUGCAUGUAUGGAAUAACAUGUUUUGGUUAAUUAUAUCUUGCGUUCAGGUGAAGAGCAAGGUGAAGCAGAACUUAUAAAUAAAAUUGACACUUGGGUUCCUAUAACUGAUAACUUAGAGGAGGAUAAGUCGGGUGUAAAAAGUGAAGGUUAGUACAUGAGUACAGACAGAAAAUUUACCUAUCUUUGCAUUCCUAAAUAUAAAACAUACAGUAUACGUAAAAAAUCAUAAUUAAUGUGUUGUUAAUUAUCGUUAUUUAGAUAAGAUUGUUGAGGAACUCAUGGAGGACAUGGAAGCAUAUACAACUGAUCCUAACGAAAAUGAAAACGAUUCUGAUGCUGGUGAUCCCAUUAUGGAAGCCUGA